GUUUAUUUUUGGUAUGGUCCAAGCAAAUCCAUUUCUUCAGUGGAGCCGUGGUGUAGACAGGACAUCCAUAUUUUCAUUCGCUGUCCUACAUCGUCAACCAAAGAUCUUUAGCCUUAUAUACGGGCUUCCUAUCAAGAAAAGUAUGACAACUUGGGUUGAUAAGAAUGGCAAUACGAUGUUACAUAUGGCAGGAAUUAUAGGAGAUUCAAAUCAAAUUAAUCAAAUCCCAGGGGCGGCUUUGCAAAUGCAAAGAGAACUACAAUGGUUUAAGGAGGUGGAAAGUUUUUCCAUUCCCAGGAGUAAGGAAUAUACGAACUAUGAUGGUUUGACUGCUAGGGACUUGUUUACGAAGAACCACAAAGACUUGAAGAAAGAAGGAGAAAAAUGGAUGAAGGGCACAGCAACUUCUUGUACAGUGGCAGGCGCUCUCAUUGUUACUAUUAUGUUUGCUGCAGUCUUUACUGUUCCAGGUGGCAACAAACAAGAUACUGGCUUCCCUGUAUUCGUAAAUGAAAGAUUGUUCAUGAUCUUUAUAAUAUCCGAUACCUUGUCGCUCUUUUUCUCCACAACUUCAGUCUUGAUGUUUUUGGGAAUAACAUCACGCUAUGCAGAAGACGAUUUCCUUACAUCCUUGCCAAACCAGUUGAUCAUGGGACUGUCCACUCUUUUCUUUUCCAUUGUAGCCAUGAUGAUAGCCUUUUCUACUGCUCUUUCAAUUAUGCUACAGCGACAAUUACGAAUAAUCAUUCCUGUCAUUUCUUUGGCCAGUGUACCUGUCUUCUUAGUCGUAUUGACGCAAUUUAACGUUCUUGUUGAGAUGUGCAUAUCAACUUACGGACCAGGAAUCUUUGAUAGGAAAAUGAAGAGGUGGGUAUAACUUUAUUCAUUUU